ACUAAAUGACCCGUAACUGAAUAAAUCUUGUACGCAACAUGCUGGUACUAUUGACCUAUUACCCCGGUUGUCAGAAAUGUCAUUUUCUGGUACAUUAAAAAGUAAGUAACAUGAUGCAUGGUUCCAUUGACUAAAGUAGUACUCGGUUAGCAGGACUUAAAGUUGUACAUUACUACCCAAUUUUCUUAACAUAACAUAACUUCAGUAUAUGUCCCAACUAUGCUGUUUGUUUAUGUAUGUUUCCAGGGAUACCUGAAAAGCAGGCUGAAGCCUGAGUGUGAUUUCACCCUGGUAAAAUUAAUAAAUAAUUAUGAUGAUGAUUGCGGAAGUGAUGAUUUGAGCCGUACACAUGCAUAAUAAAAAAACUCACUCACCUAAUGCGUACACGAGGCAGUGGUUUCCCGUCUUUCUACAUAUAACGAAGAGAUCUGUGUUGCAGUAGGCAUCAUAAAUGGAAGGAAAGAUGACUGACCUCAAUGGUGACCUCCUAACCAUAGAGCAGAUAUCGGGUGCCAGACAGGUGCUGCAGACCAGUGGCCUGUGUUUCCACACCCCUGUACUGCACCAUGUACAGACUCUGUGUGGGCUGGACUCCGACAUAGAUCUGUACCUCAAACUGGAGAAUAUGCAGAACACGGGUUCCUUUAAGAUCCGAGGAUUAGUGAACCAGAUGACCCACAUCUCAGAUUCCGCGGUCCGAGGACAGACCCAUCUCAUCAGUAUGUCGUGUGGGAACUUUGGGAAGGCGUUUGCCUACAUGGUCCAGCAGAAGGGUCUGAAGGGGACGGUGUUCAUGCCUGACACUGCAUCGGCCAGCAGGGCUGAGCUCAUCAAGAGUUAUGGCGUCGGUGUAAAGAUGGUGCCCAUGGCUGAGUUGGAACCUGCGGUGAACAAGUGUCUCAUGGAUAGCAACACCAUGAAUCUUUUUCAUGAUAACAUCGAUGUCAUGGCUGGGAAUGGCAGGAACCCUCCUGGGAUAUUCUGCGGUUACGUGUACCUGGCUAUUUUGGAGCAUAACGGGCAACUGGAUUGUUACAGGUUUGCGAUAGCACAACCUACUGUUUUUGUGUGCUGUUUUGCUCCUUGUGUGACUACUAGUGUGGGGCUGGAGAUAUUAGAGGACGUUCCUGACCCGGAUGUGGUGGUGGUGUGCUGUGGAGGGGGAGGUUUGCUAGGUGGAACAGCCGCAGCCAUCAAGCUGUCAGGACGGAGCAACACACGAGUGUACGGCGUAGAACCGGAAGGAGCGCCCUCUAUGUAUGAAAGCAGAAAGGCAGUCAAACCUGUGGUAGUCCAAGGAAAGACCAAAGUAUUAGGACUGGCGCCACCCUAUACAGGUUACAAUGCUUUCAGACUCAACGUAGAGUUCGUAGACGAUGUAGUUCUGGUCAGCGAUGACGAGAUCGUCGCGGCGGUGAAGCGGCUGUUCUCCCGGGGACUGGUGGUGGAGCCGGCGGGCGCUGCGGCCUUUGCCGCGGUCAUGUCCGGCAAGAUACCGGACGUCAAGGGGAAGAAAGUAGUCGUUGUCAUAACUGGAGGGAACGUCACAACUCAAGAACUGAACAAGAUCUGUGGAUAAUAUUAUUUAUUCGAAGGAUGUGUAACGUUAGUUCACUUUUUUCUCAGGGUAACCUAUAUCAGUUGUUUUACAAGUACUUGUAUUUUACCGGCCUUUGCCGCGCUUAUUAUUAGGUUCGGCACAGAGACCAUGGUACCGCUCUCAACCAUCCUCUGGGUUCGGCAAGAUACCAGGCGUCAAAGGGAAGAAAGUGGUCUUUGUAAUAACUGGAAGGAACGUCACAACUCAAGAACUGAACAAGAUUUGUGGAUAAUAUUAAUGAAUGAAAGACCUUUAUUGUACAUUUAUGCUCAAACAAGCUAAGUCCAGGUACAGGUCAUAGCGACAAGGCACCGUUGAUAUAAGAAAAGCGUUAUCUUUCUACAGAGACUACCACAUGCUAUAGUAUUUACAGGUUCAACUUGUUCUCGCUUCUUAAGACAAUUGUAAACAUACGGGCAGAUAUAAUCAAUAAUACAGGAUUAUCAUAUGGUUGUAUAAGGAAAUAUGAAUUUUUCCUUACUAUUUAUAUAACGGAAAUUAGGGAACAUAUCUUGCAUGCAAACGAAGAGGACAUUAGUUAAUUAAGCUUUCAUU